UUCUCUUGAGCAUGUAAAUCUGGUUUUUGUUGUUUUCCAUUCAUUAUAUUCUGUAUUAAAAAUGGAAGCUGGUUUGUUUUUUCCUGCUCGAUAUCUAUCACUUUUUUCUUUGCUUUUUGUUAAUAUCUUAAAUUUUAUAUUCUUUGCUUAUUCCCUUGAACAUCAAAUUUGUGAUCCAACUUUUGAAUCCUGUCCCGAUACAAAUGUGCCACUGGGAACAACUGUUUUGAAUGAUUUUACUAAAAUUCCUAUUCUAGAACCUAACUUUUCAAUAUGGUCUCCAAGAGGCUCUUUCACUUUCUCUUCUCAAGAUGGUUUAAAAAUAUCUCUACAUAAACAAAAGGACAAUCCUUCAAUCAGGUCUAAUUUCUACAUUAUGUAUGGAAAAAUUGAGGUAAUCUUAAAAACCGCUAUAGGUCAGGGUAUAGUAUCUUGUCUAAUGUUUUUAAGUGAUUCAAAAGAUGAAAUAGAUUUGGAAUGGUUAGGUGGUUCAAAUUUUAGAGAUCAAAUUCAAUCGAAUUUUUUCAUUCAAGGAAAAAAUUCAAUUGGGUUAAAUCAUUUUGCUGAUAAUCACUCAAAUAUAUAUCAUAACUAUACUUUGGAUUGGACAGAAGAUGUUUUAACUUGGUACAUAGAUGGCAAAGAAUUUAGAUCAUUAUAUAAAUCAAUUUCUAAUGGUUAUCCUCAAUCUCCAAUGGCUGUCUUGUUAGGUUUAUGGGCUGGUGGUGAUCCUGACAACCCUCAAGGCACAAUCAAUUGGGCUGGCGGUUUAACAGAUUAUAACCAAGGACCCUUUUCUAUGUUUAUUAAAAAUAUUAUUGUAACUGAUUAUUCCUCGGGCUCAAUAUACAGAUAUUCUGAUAACACUGGCAAAAACAUUAAAGCAAUAAAUGGAAAUAUUUACAGAAGAUAUGAAAAAGCAAAUGACGAAUUUAAUGAGCUUCAUUUGGUCAAUUUAUCUUCAAAAAAUAUCACUAAAUAUCUUCCAUCAGAGGAUUCUGAUAACAAAAACUUAGACAGCAAUUAUCAUCAAAAUAUUGAUAAAGAGAUCAACCAAAAGGAUUCACAUGAUGGUGAUGGUGAUGGUGAUGGUGAAUAUGAUGAUGAAUAUGAUAAUGAAUAUGAUGAUGAAUAUGAUGUUGAAUACGACGAUGAAGCAGAAUAUGAAGAUAAUACUUUAGAUCAAAUGUAUUUUACUGCUAAUUAAUAUUUUCAUAAUACUAGUAUUGACAUUAAUAACAAUCUAUAAUGAAAAUAACCCAUAACAUAAUCUUAAAUUAAAAAUAAAAGAGAUAAUUAAACAUUUUUAAAUAAACGAGAUAAAUUUAAAUUUUUAUAAUGUUUAUAAUUUUUAAAUUGAAUUUUUUUUUUUUUUUU